GUACUUUUAAACAUGAGCGGUACAUCAGCUGGAGUUAAGGCCAAAUCUUAUCUACCAAACUCUCUCAAUUUUCAAGAUCGUGAGAUAUACAAGAUUGGUUUCAAUGCUUUAGAUUGUAUGCGAAGAGACGGAAAACUAUGCGAUGUCACUUUGAUUGCGGAUAAUAAUCGCUUCACUGCACACAAGAUUGUAUUGGCCGCCACUAUACCAUUCUUCAAUGGAAUGUUUCUAAGUAACAUGGCAGAAUCUACCAAAAGCGAGGUCACCAUUCACGGAGUUGACGCUUGUGCUUUAGAAGCGUUCAUUGGUUAUGCUUAUACUGGCUUAGUUCAAAUCAACCCUCGUAAUGUUCAAUCAAUCUUAGUCGGUGCCAAUUUUUUGCAGCUUAAUAAUGUUCGUAACAUCUGUUGCAGAUAUAUCAGUGAAAGAUUGACUGUCGACAUAGUCUUACCGAUAAGAAAUCUCGCCCAAAGCUAUCUAUGUACAGACUUGGUAUCUGCUUGUGAGGCAUAUAUCUACAAAAAUUUCGAAGAUAUCGCACGCACAACUUCAUUUUUUAACCUUGAAGGAUGCGAAUUGAUGGAAUUACUGGAGUCAGAUGAACUGAAUGUCAGCAGUGAAGAACGCUUGUUUCAUAUAAUUAUGUCUUGGGUUGAAUUUGAAACAAAAUCCAAUUCUGAUACUGAGACGAACUCUGUUAUAUCAGAGUCUGUUAACGUAAUUGAGCUACCUGAAUAUUAUGAUAGUAAUGUGCAUUCGAUAAAACCAUCUGUUUCAAGUGAGAUUGGUCAUCGAAAUUCGUGUUGUAAUGGUUCUUUACGUUCUACACAUCAUUUUCAUAGUUGUCAUUGUUCUACACAAAUAUUCAAUAGCAAACCCCGCACUGACUUUCUUCCAUGCCUUCUUAGGCGAAUCAGACUACCUCUAAUUCCAGUUAGCUACAUUUUCUCAGUUAUUUCGCGGCAUGAUCUUAUUCGAAAGGACAUUCGUUGUAGAGAUAUUCUAGAUGAAGUACGUGAUGUACUUCUUAUGUCAUGGAAGACGUCGGAAUUCUUUAAUUGUCGACCUAGAAAAUGUCAAGAUAUUUUCGGUGUUAUUUAUGCUGUUGGUGGUUGGAAUACAGAUCUGGAAUGUCAUGGGAUUGUGGAAACUUAUCAUCCUUCACUUGGUCGUUGGGAAUUAUCAGAAAGUAUGAUAUCUAAGCGUAGUCGUAUUGGUGUGGUUGCUUUGAAUGGACUGUUAUACGCUAUUGGAGGUUUCGAUGGAAAUUCUCGCUUACGUACAACUGAAGUAUAUAAUCCAAAAACUGGAAAAUGGGCAACCGUUGCUUCAAUGAUUUGUCGACGUAGUGCUGCCGGAGCUGCUGCUUAUGAUGGAUGUUUGUAUGUUUGCGGUGGUUUUGAUGGUCAAACAUCUUUACGUACAUGUGAGAUGUAUAUUCCAGAACAAGAUACAUGGAAGUUAAUAUCAAGCUUGAAUGAACCCAGAUCCGCUGGUGGUCUUGUCGCUCUCAAUGGUCGUCUUUAUGCUAUUGGUGGACACAAUGGUUUAGCUGUUUUUUCAACAGUAGAAUGCUAUGAAAAAGGUGGAGAUUUACCUAAAACACUUUCACCAUCCUCUCGUUUUGAAACUGAUCAUCAGAAUAGUGGUAUUCGGCAAAGUCCUAUUAAUGUAUGGUAUUCAGUAGCUAACAUGUUACAUCGGCGAUGUCGACAUGGCGCAACUGCGUUUCGUGAUCGUAUAAUUGUUGCCGGUGGUUAUGAUGGUGCUUCAUUUCUACAAAGUGUUGAAAUGUUCGAUCCUACAACUGGUCCAGAUCGUAAUGGUUUACAUGGACAAUGGACUGAAAUUUCAUCUUUGUCAGUCCCUCGUUCUCGAGUCGGAUUGGCUGUAACUGCAGGUUGUUUGUAUGCAAUAGGUGGUUAUGAUGGUAGUACUCAUCUACGAACAGUUGAAUGUUUCAAAUCUCCUAUUAAACAAAAUCCCUAUGAAUUAUCAAGUACUGUUUUACAAUCAAAAUUUAAUACACUAUCUAAUUUAUUGAACAAACCUAAGAUUUCUGAUAAUUGUAGCGAUCAUGUUGAUGGUGAUGAUGACGAUAAUAAUGAUGAUGGCGUUUCCUGUAAUCAUCAUUCAUGUUCUAUGCAAUCUGAUUUUGAGUCUAUUUCUUCAUGCAACUCAACUGAAGCGGUUACAUUUGUUAGAACAACACAAAAUGGGACCAACGAGUGUAGAAAAUAUACGCAUUCGAAAAUCCAUUCCCGUAUUUGGUUUAUUUAAUCCCUUUAUUUACUAACGCGGAUUGAGUCGAUAAUUAUAGACAAGAAUCGACGAUAUGUAUAUUUCGAUAGCAAUCAUUCAUACGAACCGGAGUCAUAUUAAGGGCCACUAAAGAGUAUCAUCAGUCCUGAUAGUCUUCAACUUUGAAGAAAUCUCAGCACGGAUUCAAAAGGCUCGAUCGGCACUUACCAACUUGAAUCAAUUGUGGUGUAUGCAGGAUAUUUAUCAAAUCAAAAGUGAGUAUACUAAGCUGCAGUUCGCCACGCUUUUUUUUAUGGCUGUGAAAUGUGGCUUUAAAAAUGCAGGAAAUUCACAGGUUCAAUCAUAGAUGCCUUGCUCGUGUAUUUCGGUACAAUUGAGUUAGCAAUUCUGAGGUUAGAUGCAGAGUAAUAGAUAAGAGUGACAAAUCGAUUGAUGAGUUAGCGAAAACUCAUUAGCCAAGGUAGUUAGGAAAUGUGUCAUGUAUGCUCAAACACCGGUCAACCCAACGGACGAUGUUUUGUAGUGCAAAUGAUGUUUGAAAGUUAACAAUGCUUGGGUAACCUUUGGCUUUAUAUCAUGGCUCUCAUGUAUAUCAAAGCCACCAUAUGAUCACUGUUAGCCCUGUAUCUAAAUCCAGUUGGAUCAUGUGGUGAUCGUUAUCGGAAUAUACAUGCCAGCUAUAUAAUUCUCGACUCAGUUUGCGUUAGAGAAUAGCGGAACAAAAUAAGUCAAAUACGAGAAUGAGGUUUGAAUACGAAUGUUCCGUACACUUAUUUAUCAUCUGCACAGGCAAUCAGGUAAACGAAGUGAAGAGAAUACAGCGAAGCGAGACAAAAUGACACGCAGUGGAGAAAUCGAGUCAACUCAAUAUAACCAAGCCUCACUCAAUAUUUAGACCAAAAAUAAGUUACAGGCAUGUAAUUAAUAGCGUAAGCAAUAAACACACAUACGAUCAAAUAAAAAGUAGUCGGGAUUAAUAAGAGUAUUGGUGACAAUCUCAAGAUGUGGCUUGAGAAGAAUAAAUAGAUUGAUCUGUCCAGAAGGUAGGAUAACCUGUUUGGGCUUAACAUAGUACCAGCCACUACAAUCAUUCGCCAGGUUCGAACAUUACGCUCCACCUACUUUUUUCAGCAACCGAAUAGUAUCAUUAACAACAAAACCUAGAGUUUAGCUCAUCAUAGCUAAGUUACUUGGGGAAUGAAUUUAAAAGGUACCAUUUUCAUGUAACGGAGACUGCUUUGUGUAUUAUAGUUGUUAUUUUUUUAAUGUUUAACGUACCUAGUUGUUUCCCACAUAUUGUAUCUUAUCCCCUUGCGGAUUUUCUUUAACUCUUUCCUCCCUCCUCCAGAAAACUAUGAUGUUAGAAAAGUUAAAACCUAAGCCAAUUAGUCAUCAACCAUCUAUUCCAUCCGCUUCAGUUAAUAUCAAUUGUAAUGGUGGUACUUCCACAUUAUCUUCUGUCAUCCCAUCUUCUUCUAAUCCUUUCGCUGAUUGGCAAUGGUCAUCUGGACCUUCAUUAAUUGCACAUGAGGGAUGGGUUGGUAUAUGUGUCCUCCCUUUUGACCAAUCUUCUUCAGUCCAUUAAUUUCACAUAUUCGUAACAUUAUUAUCAGUGUAGAAAACAUAACUCUGCUUUGUUUUACAAAUAUGUAAAUCCGUCGUUUUUUUUCAUUUUGGUGGAAAAAAGAUGUUUCACGUUCCAUAACUGUUCUGUUGAAGUUAAUAUUUCAAUUGCAUACUGUAUAUACCUUAUUUAUUAAUCUAUUUAUUAUGCGGAGACACAUUUGUACUGAUAAUCUGUCGUUACAUGUGACUAUGUAACUAAUUGAUAUAUUUCUGUUUCGUUUGUAUAGAUUGUUUUCUGACAUUAAUUUAUACUUAUACUCAUUUAUAUUCUCUAGCUUUCUUUCAUGUGUAUAUGAUUUCAGUUAAAUAUUUUAUUAUCUCUAUGUAAAUAUCCUUAUCGUAUCUUUUUUUGUAGAUUUUGCAUUUCUCACUUUCUUUUUUUUGUUGUCUUACACGAUGGUUCAAUUAUGUGCAUUUGUUUCUUACUACGAUAAUUGAAUCCCCUUUUUUUAAAUAUAAAAAUAAAAACAUCUUUAUGAUGACAAUUGUUUCUUAAACAGAAAUGUCUGCAAUUGGUUGAAUAUUAAAAAAGAACUUGAUAAAAUUAUAUUGAUUUUGCACAAUCAAAUUGAUUUACGUUUCCCCCAUCUCCCUGAUCGUUGUUAUUUUAUAUUGAAACCUGUUAUUAUCCUGGGUUUUUUUGAAACUAGUUUAGCAACUAAAAUAUAUAUAUUUCCAAAA